AUGCAUCCGACGAUUCUGUUCGAAGACCAGGACGUCGCUCCGCUCGCCGUCGACAUUCGCGCCCCGUCUGUAUACGAUUCUUACGCUCCCGCAGCGACCAGACUACGAUACAUGAUAAAGAAUAGCGACCACAUAAUCAAGUGUCCCGGCGUAUACGAUGGACUGUCAGCCCGCAUCGCCAUAGAUGUAGGCUUCGAAGGCAUGUACAUGACCGGUGCGGGCACAACCGCUUCAAAGCUCGGCCACGCCGAUCUCGGUAUUGCUCAGCUCGCCGAUAUGCGAGCCAACGCUGAGAUGAUCGCCAACCUACGGCCCGAUGGUCCUCCUCUCAUCGCUGACAUGGACACGGGCUAUGGAGGGCCCCUUGUCGUCGCUCGGUCGCUUCAGCAGUACCAUCUUGCCGGCGUUGCAGGGUUCCACAUUGAGGACCAGAUCAUGAACAAGCGAUGCGGGCAUCUCGCUGGGAAGGAGGUCGUAGACGUCGAGACCUACGUCCAGCGUAUCAAAGCUUGCAUCGUUGCUCGCAAGCAGCUCCGUUCGGACAUCGUCAUCAUCGCGCGUACGGACGCUCUGCAGUCCAAGGGUUUUGACGAUUGCAUUGAGCGUUUGAAACGUGCCCGCGCUGAGGGUGCCGACAUGGGAAUCCUCGAAGGCGUCAAGACAAAGGAACAAGCCGCUCUCGCCGCUAAGCUCCUCGCGCCCUGGCCGCUAUGCUACAACUCGGUCGAGAAUGGCCACUCUCCCCUCAUCACCGCCCGGGAGGCGCAAGAAAUGGGAUACAGAGUGAUUAUCUAUAGCUUCGCUAGCAUCAGCCCGGCGUAUGUAGCUAUCAAGUCGACGUUUGAGUGGCUGAAGGAGACGGGCUCCACUGGCAGCUCGGUCACGCCUAAAACCAUCUUCAACGUAUGCGGGCUGAAGGACAGUAUGGUUAUUGACGAGGCUAGUGGUGGGACUGCAUUUGCGAAGGGCGUGUAGAUUAAUGACGCGCAUGAGCAGGAUGACACCAUGGACGUAUACAGGUUUGGCUUGAGGAGUAUGGAGCCUGGGUUUCUUGGUGAAUGUGUGUGGGUUGGCUCUGAAAAAUAUCGCGAGUAGACCGU